AUGGCAUCCACUACAAGUGAGGAGGAGGAUGAUUCCUCUUCUCUUACAAAUGAAUUGCUUGAAGCCCGUGAUGCUUUGGAAAAAUUGAGUUUUGCUAAUGUCCAGAUGACAGAUGGUGAAGAUGAACUAGCAGCAUUCCGACAACAGUGGCAACGAGAAUUGGAGGCAUCUUCCCCUCAAAGAGAAACACCACAUCAACAGACAAAGUUGGAGCUUGAGGAAACACUCUCUGAUGAAGAAAAGGCAAAGCAACUGUUUCUUCGUGGAGUAGAACUGGAGCGAAGUGGGAAACUGUAUGAAGCCAUCCAGCACUACAAACGCUCAAUGCAAAUUAUUCCCGAUGUGGAGACGCGCCUGUACGAGAGCACGGAACAGAGAGCCGAAACACCAAUUGAGGAGUUGAAAGUGGAAGAAGUAAAGCGAGUGGAAGAUGUUGAUAGCGACGAGGAAACGAUCGACGGCGAGGACCUGGUAUCGCGCUUACAGAGGAUCCUAGCGAAGAAAGGCACAUUGUGUCAACCUGAAUUUUCUAUAAGAGGAGCUCACCUAUCAUGGCUGCCAUAUGAAGUAAUCCAGCUGGUGCUUCGUUGGGCUGUGAGUUCUGAGCUGGAUGCUGUGACCCUGGAGCGAAUCUCCGCAACUUGCAGGGGACUUUACGUCGCCGCCCGCGAGCCUGAUAUCUGGCGAUCGCUCUGUGUCAAGACUUGGGGAAUCGAGUGUGGAACUCCGAGGGCGCAUGGUUUUGGCUCGUGGCGCCAGAUGUACAUCGAACGGCCCCGGAUCCAUCUCCACGGCUGCUACAUUAGCAAGACGACGUACCUCCGUCACGGCGAAAACUCCUACCAGGAUCAGUUCUACCGACCCUGGUAUUUAGUGGACUAUUAUCGGUACCUUAGGUUUUUCCACGAUGGCGUGGUGUUGAUGUGGACGACCGCUGAGGAGCCGGCGUCUUGUGUGGCUCAGUUGAAGUACCGCACGGCCAAGCCCAGUCUGGGCAUCAUGGCUGGACAUUACCGACUCGUUGGAGAUAAGGUUGUGAUAGUUAUAAAGAAGAUAAGCAGCGAGAAGAAGCCGGCGCAGACGACCAACACCAGAUUCCGUUCGCGCAGAAAAGACACGCAUGAGCAACAGGAGCAGACAUUUCAUUUGGUAAGCUUGUUCGUGUAUCAACACCAUGAAGCAAAUAUAAAGAGGAGACGUUCUAAUUAA